AGAUGUACGUGUAACAAGACAGCUCACUGAGUUUGUCCACGACAUCAGUGAGGAAGUACUACGUUAGAAUUCAUCGCCUAAUACAAAACUGACUAGGCAAUCCUGUCGUUCCUGUUGCCGAGGUGUUCCAGUUUAUUCGGACUUCCAUUUCCUGCAAGAUGUUGCGAGCUGGAGGAAUCUUGAAACUGGCUGCGCUAGUGUCGGUUUUUUUCCUGGCAGUUUUCCUCGCGUUCCAGCUCAUUGAAACUGAUAUGGAUUUCAGUUUAGGACGCCUGUUCACAAGGUCUGCACCCACAGAAGGCCCAACAAAGCCACAGCACCACAAAUGUGGCCUCUCUAAAGCUUGCCCAGAAGGCCACUUCUCUUUUAAAAUGGCCAGUGGAGCAGCAAGUGUUGUAGGGCCCAAAAUCUGCCUGGAGGACAACAUCUUAAUGAGUGCAGUGAAGAACAAUGUGGGACGGGGGAUAAACAUAGCCUUGGUUAAUGGAAAGACUGGCGAGCUCCUUAAGACAGAUUCCUUUGACAUGUGGGCAGGAGAUGUCAACACGCUGAUCAGUUUCCUUAAGACUAUAGAGGAUGGCACAGUCGUCAUGAUGGCCACUUUUGACGACUCAGCCUCAAAGCUCAACGAUGAGGCAAGGAAAAUGAUCUCGGAACUGGGUAGCUCUAGUAUCAGCUCACUGGGUUUCCGUGACAACUGGAUCUUUGUCGGAGGAAAAGGCAUAAAAACCAAGAGCCCUUUUGAGCAGCACAUCAAAAACAAUGCUGAGACCAACAAGUACGAAGGUUGGCCUGAGGUCCUGGAGAUGGAAGGCUGCAUCCCAAAGAGACGGGAGUGAAUUAAGACCUCUUUCACCUAUUCUCAAGUUCUUUUGCCCCUUAACUCUGCUGACUUUACCCGACACUUUGUCAAACUCUCUUCAAGGUCCAAUCAGUAAGGCUAUGGUGAAGAUCUGUUGAUGUAUCAUCGCUCUUUGUAGGCAUAGUCUAGCAUAGUGUUUUACUGAAAGUCCAUAACAUAUUGUGUCUUUGUAUAAGUUUGCAUUCCACCAGACAUACAUCAUACAGAGUGUGACAGCUGGCUGUUCCUUUUUGACCCAAAACCUCUUGCUUUUGUAUUGAAAAGUUUUAUGAAUGCCAGUGCCUUUACUCUGUCACCUGUAAAAACAUAGCUACUAUGCAAUGCAUGGAGAGAUUUGGCAGUGGGCAAUACAGCCUUCAGAUAAUAAUGUA